AAAAGAAGACAGCUAGCAGAAGCUGCUGAAAAGAGGCAGAUGGAGGCUUCCUCUCGAGGUAUUAAGAACACUUACUCUGUAGAGCAAAAGAAAAAGAAACAGGAAGAAAUAGAAAAACGAAUUGCAGCUUCAGGUUCUGGAGGAGAAGGAGGACUGAGAUGGCAGGUUGGAUAA